AUGCCAAAAAACUUUGUUACUACAUACGGGAAUUUUUCGCGUCAGCUGAAACAUUCACAGAUGGUGUACUAUUUCAAAGCACAAGUCGACACAGACUUUGAGACAGAACAGUAUAACGUGUAUAUGGGACGCGACAAGGUAGAGAAUGACCCGCUUAUACGUUACUCCAACCCCAAGAACUUGUGGUUCCACGUCGAUAAAGUCAGUUCUGCUCACGUCUACCUCAGUCUCACCAACCAGCAGAGACUACAGAAUUUUAAGUCCUUGAGUCUCCCGUCACAGUUGCUAGACCAGCUAGGCCAGCUCACUAAAAACAACAGUAUAAAGGGAAACAAAAUGGCGUCGGUCACCAUAAUAUAUACCUCAGUAGAUAACCUCGUCAGUGAUGGCUCGAUGGAUAUAGGGACUGUUACAUUUAAAAAUCAACAACUCGUGAAGCGGUUCAAUGUCGGCAAGAAAGACAACUUGGUCCUCAACAAGCUCAGCAAAACCAAAACAGAAAUGUCCACGGAUGAGUUUAUUGCUAAUGAAAAGCUGGCCCUUGUCCAGUAUGAACGAGAGAAAAAAGACCAUCAAAGACAACUACAGAACCAACAACGAGAGUUGGCCAAACAGCACCAUGAACAGAAGCAGCGGAAUCAGGAUCCGUACGCUGACUUGUUCACGGAGGAGAACAUGCAUUCGAAUUUGGCUGUUCUGGAAAACUAUGAAGAUGACUUUAUGUGAAGUUGAUGAAUAAUUUAUAUUUAAAUUUAGUAUGGUCGUUAUAAAACGUAAGUGAUCUAAUCGAGCUUGAAAGGCAAUUUUCCGGCCUCCUUUUGAUCGUUCCAUCUUUCAACCCAUUCGAGUGGACAUAAAGAAGUGUAGGUUUUCCAGAAGAUCUUACAAGGCUCGAAGUCUUCACCUUUCACAGCCACACAUUUAUGGUAGUCCACGUAGGCCUGGGCACAAUUCUUGGAUUGGUUUUGGUUGGGGAAUCUAGGGUCGAAUUGUGGGGUGUCGAACUUAAAUGUUUCAGGGUCGAUAGCCAUUGUGUUGUGGUUUAGAUUUGUUAGAUU